AUGACUCCAACAGGGGAAGAGAGUGGGAGUGGGUCAGUGGGCUGCAGGAGACAUGACACAGAGCCUGUUAACUCGUUGGUGGUGUGGUUGGUGGUGUGGCCUGGACCUGGUAACUUAAGGAAUGAGUUUGUCAGCUUGACAGCUGGAUGUGGCAGUCAGGUAAAGAGGAAGCUAGUUCUGUCUGUGUGAAGCAGUCAGGUAAGAGGAAGCUAGUUCUGUCUGUGUGAAGCAGUCAGGUAGAGAGGAAGCUAGUUCUGUCUGUGUGAAGCAGUCAGGUAAAGAGGAAGCUAGUUUGUCUGUGUGAACAGUCAGGUAAAGCGGAAGCUCAAUAGUUUGUCUGCUUAACGUCCUCAAUGCGAAGGUCUAAUCAAGUCUUGUAACAGUUCAGGUAAGAGGAAGCUAGUUCAUGUCUGUGAGCACAGUAGAGAAUCUGUCUGUCUUCUGAACAGUCAGGUAGAGAGGAAGCUAGUUCUGUCUGUGUGAAGCAGUCAGGUAAGAGGAAGUAGUUCUGUCGUGUGAAGCAGUCCCGGUAGAGAGGAAGGUCGUUCUGUCCCGUGUUGAAGCAGUCAGAUUAGAGAGGAAGCUAGUUCUGUCUGUGUGAACAGUCAGUAGAGGGAAGCUUAUUCUGUCUGUGUGAAGAAGUCAGGUAGAGAGGAAGCUAGUUCUGUCUGUGUGAAGCAGUCGGUUUGAGAGGAAGCUUUAGUUCUGUCUUUUUUGAAACGUCAGGUGAGAGGAAGCUAGUUCUGUCUGUGUGAGCAGUAGUAAGAGGAAGCUAGAAGUGUCUGUGUGAAGCAGUCAGGUAGAGAGGAAAGCUAGUUUUGUCUGUGUGAAGCAGUAGGUAGAGAGAAGCUAGUUCUGUCGUGUGAAGCAUCAGGUAAGAGGAAGCUAGUUCUGUCUGUGUGAAGCAGUCAGGUAGAGAGGAGCUAGUUCUUCCUGUGUGACGCGUCAGGUAGAGAGAAGCUAGUUUUUUGUCUUUUGAAGCGUCAGUAGAGGAGCUAGUUUCUGUCUGUGUGAAGCAGUCAGGUAAAGGAAGCUAGAAGGUGUCUGUGUGAAGCGAGGUAGAAGGAAGCUAGUUCUGUCUGUGUGAACAGUCAGGUGAGAGGAAGCUAUUCCCGUCUGUGUGAAGCGUCAGUAGAGAGGAAGCUUUGUUCUGUUCUGUGUGAAGCAUCAGGUAAAGAGGAACUAGAAGUGUCCCGUGUAAGCAGUAAAGGAGAGAGGAAACUAGUUAUGUUUUGUGUAGCAGUUCAGUAGAGAGAAGCUAGUUCUGUUGUUGAAGCAGUCAGGUGAGAUGAAGCUUUGUUCGUCUGUUGAGCAGUCAGGUAAGAGGAAGCUAGUUCUUGUCUGUGUGAAGCAGUCCCGGUAAGAGGAAGCUAGUUUUGUUUUGUGUGAAGCAUAGUAAAGAGGAAGCUAGUUCUGUCUGUGUGAAGCAGUCAGGUAAAGGGAAAGCUAGUUUUUGUCUGUGUGAAGCAGUCCAGGUAAAGAAAGCUAGGUAUGUCGUGUGAAGCAGUCAGGUAGAGAGGAAACUAGUUGUCUGUGUGGAAGCAGUCGGGAGGGGAGGAAGCUAGUUCUGUCUGUGUGAAGCAGUCAGGUAGAGAGGAAGCUAGUUCUGUCUGUGUGAAGCAGUCAAGUAGAGAGGAAGCUAGUUCUGUCUGUGUGAAGCAGUCAGGUAGAGAGGAAGCUAGUUCUGUCUGUGUGAAGCAGUCAGGUAGAGAGGAAGCUAGUUCUGUCUGUGUGAAGCAGUCAGGUAGAGAGGAAGCUAGUUCUGUCUGUGUGAAGCAGUCAGGUAGAGGAGGAAGCUAGUUCUGUCUGUGUGAAGCAGUCAGGUAGAGAGGAAGCUAGUUCUGUCUGUGUGAGGGAACAUACUGUAGUAGUAGUGAACAGUGUUUUAGAGACAUGGAUAGAGACGGCAGUAAAGAAAACAAUGGAGAUUAAACAUGUCCUUCCUGUCAUGUUUCCUCCCACACCAGAAAUCAAAACAUCCUCUUUGAGCUUCACAAUAUACAACAUUCCUGCAUCAAGAGGCAUGUGAUGGGAUGCACAUUAUACACUAGCAAAGACUUCUACUGCACUGCAAUGCCACAGCGUCUACAUCAAGAGUCAUGUGACUUCUACUGUCCUGCAAUGCCACAGCGUCUACAUCAAGAGUCAUGUGACUUCUACUGUACCGCAAUGCCACAGCGUCUACAUCAAGAGUCAUGUGACUUCUACUGUACGUCAAUGCCACAGCGUCUACAUCAAGAGUCAUGUGACUUCUACUGUACUGCAAUGCCACAGCGUCUACAUCAAGAGUCAUGUGACUUCACCGCCCAGGUCUACAUCAAGAGUCAUGUGACGUCUACUGUCCCUGCAAUGCCACAGCGUUCUACAUCAAGAGUCAUGUGACUUCUACUGUCCUGCAAUGCCACAGCGUCUACAUCAAGAGUCAUGUGACUUCUACUGUACUGCAAUGCCACAGCGUCUACAUCAAGAGUCAUGUGACUUCUACUGUACUGCAAUGCCACAGCGUCUACAUCAAGAGUCAUGUGACUUCUACUGUACUGCAAUGCCACAGCGUCUACAUCAAGAGUCAUGUGACUUCUACUGUCCUGCAAUGCCACAGCGUCUACAUCAAGAGUCAUGUGACUUCUACUGUCCUGCAAUGCCACAGUGUCUACAUCAAGAGUCAUGUGACGUCUACUGUCCUGCAAUGCCACAGCGUCUACAUCAAGAGUCAUGUGACUUCUACUGUUCCUGCAAUGCCACAGCGUCUACAUCAAGAGUCAUGUGACAACCCCACUAGGCAGACUGCCUCUGCCACAGUCACUUCACCACAUCACAGAGACCCGAGGACAUCCUUAUUGAUUUGCACAAUGUACAACAUAUAACCAUUUUCAUUACUUCUACAGUAGAUCAGCAGGCAUUUGACAACCCCACCAGGCAGAUGGCGAAUAUACCACACCACAAAGACCCACAGCAGGGGUUAGGGGAACAGUCACAUUCUUCCUGGCUGUCACCUAAAUACACAGGGACACCAUGCUGGAGAGGAGAGGAGACACGUCCUCCUGGCUGUCACCUAAAUACACAGGGACACCAGGCUGGAGAGGAGAGGAGUCACGUCCUCCUGAAUGUCACCUAAACUAGCAGGGACACCAGGCUGGAGAGGAGAGGAGUCACGUCCUCCUGGAUGUCACCUAAACUAGCAGGGACACCAGGCUGGAGAGGAGAGGAGUCACGUCCUCCUGGAUUUUACGUAAACUAGCAGGGACACCAGGCUGGAGAGGAGAGGAGUCACAUCCUCCUGGCUGUCACCUAAACUAGCAGGGACACCAGGCUGGAGCCCCUCAGGAACAUUAGCACCACAUAACUUACCCAGCGGGGGACUAACCGCUCCCCUUCAUCUACUAAAAGAUAUCUCAUGCCCCUCCGAUUCCCCCGUCUCCCCCUCUAACUCUCCCCCUCCACUGCUCUCAUUCCCUUUCUGAAACCUUUCUCCCCCCUCAUACUCCCCCUGUCUCCCCCUCUAACUCUCCCCCUCCACUGCUCUCUUUCCCCUCCUGAAAGAUAUCUCCCUCUUCGACUCCCCUCUCUGUUUCGCCCCUCUAACUCUCUCUCUAAUCCUCUGUCCAGGCGUAAGGGCUCGGUGAGGUGACAUACCGAUAUCCAUCCAUUCCUAAAUAUAUUUUAGGAGGAGGAGAUGGAGGGGGAAAGAUUUCUCCGCCUCUGUCUCCCCCCCUGUCCUCUCCCUCCCCCUCUGAGUCCCCUCUUAAACCCCUGUCCAGCGUGAGGGCUCAGUGAGGCGAGCCAUGAGGGGAUGACCUCUGCACUCUUAGGAAAAAAGGGUUCCAAAAGGAUUCUUCGGCUGUCCCCAUAUGAGAACCAUUUUUGGUUCCAGGUAGAACUCUUUUGGGUUCCAUGUAGAAACCUCUGUAACCACAAAGGGUUCUUCAAAGGGUUCUCCUAUGGGGACAGCCAAAGAACCGUUUUAGGUCCUAAAUAGCACCUUUUUUCUGAGAGUGUGGCUGGCCACCACGAGGAGAAGACAAGACUAAUAUGGUUAAAUAAAAAAAAAUACACCAGCAGCCACUUGGAGGAUCUGAAAAGGGAUCGGAGAGCGAAGAAGAGUAGGAAAAUGAGAGAGUGUGAGAGCAGAAGAGAGAGCGAGCAGAGGAAAGCGAGAGAGAGAGGAGAGACUCAGCAUGACUAUCUCGCUAUAGUCUGUAUCUCUCUCUCUCCGAUGAUCUCGUUCUAUCGCUAGCUAUGAGAGUAGAUCAGAGAGAGCUCUAUUCUCGAGAAUCGCGAGGGUAGUAGCGGAGAUACGUCCCUACUGACGUUAUCUUCUCUUCUCUAGCGUAUCUAAGUCUCUCUCAUCUAUUCUCUCUCUCUCUCUCUCUCUAUCUCUCUCUCUCUCUCUCUCUCUCUCUCUCUCUCCACUCAGAGUAGAGGCCGCAAGAGGUUACUGAAACAUGGGCCUCAUAUUCACAUCCCCUCCCUCUCUCUCAAAAGGCCAUGACACAGUAAGCCCGACCAAUCUGUACUCCCUUAAAACUAAAUAAAAGCACUGACAGCAGGUCUAUGAGGUCAGGUGUCAAUGCAGCCCAGUGCAUAACAACAGUAGUUAUACAACAGGUGGGUCUAAUCCUGAACACUGAUUGGGUAAAACUGCAUUCCAGCCGGUGUCUAUUCCACAAGUUACCACCUGCUAAAUCUAUGACGUUAAAAUGCCUAUUUACUCUGUUCCAUCUCACUGCGUAAUCCACUGUCAAUUUAACCCAGUCAGGCACUUUAUAAACUUGAUCUCCACUGUAAAAAGCAUCCAGACAUCUAAUGGGACAACACUAGCUAACAGGACACUACUAGCUAACAGGGCACCACAUACCAACAGGACACCACUAGCUAACAGGGCACCACAUGCCAACAGGACACCACUAGCAACAGGACACCACAUACCAACAGGACACCACUAGCUAACAGGACAGCACUAGCUAACAGGACACCACUAGCUAACAGGACACCACUAGCUAACAGGACACCACUAGCUAACAGGACACCACAUACCAACAGAACACAACUAGCUAACAGGACACCACUGGCUAACAGACACCACAUACCAACAGGACACCACUAGCUAACAGGACACCACUAGCUAACAGGGCACCACAUACCAACAGGACACCACUAGCUAACAGGACACCACAUACCAACAGGACACCACUAGCUAACAGGACACCACUAGCUAACAGGACACCACUAGCUAACAGGACACCACAUACCAACAGAACACAACUAGCUAACAGGACAACACUGGCUAACAGGGCACCACAUACCAACAGGACACCACUAGCUAACAGGACACCACUAGCUAACAUGACACCACAUACCAACAGGACACCACAUACCAACAGGACACCACUAGCUAACAAGACACCACAUACCAACAGGACACCACUAGCUAACAGGACACCACUAGCUAACAGGACAGCAGUAACAGGACACCACUAGCUAACAAGACAACAUACCAACAGGACACCACUAACUAACAGGACACCACUAGCUAACAGGACAACACUAGCUAACAGGACACCACUAGCUAACAGGACACCACUAGCUAACAGGACACCACUAGCUAACAGGACACCACUAGCUAACAAGACACCACAUACCAACAGGACACCACUACCUAACAGGACACCACUAGCUAACAGGACAACACUAGCUAACAGGACACCACUAGCUAACAGGGCACCACAUACCAAGAGGAACCAGCAUAACAGGACCCACUAGCUAACAGACAGCACAUACCAACAGGACACCAUAGCUAACAGGGCACCACAUACCAACAGGACACACUAGCUAACAUGGACACCAGUAGCUAACAGGACACCAUAGCUAACAGACCACAUACCAACAGGAACACCACUACCUAACAGGACACCACAUAGCUAACGGGACAACACUAGCUAACAGGACACCACUAGCUAACAGGGCACCACAUACCAACAGGACACCACUAGCUAACAGGACACCACUAGUUAACAAGACACCACAUACCAACAGGACACCACUCGCUAACAGGACACCACUAGCUAACAGGGCACCACAUACCAACAGGACACCACUCGCUAACAGGACACCACUAGCUAACAGGACACCACAUACCAACAGGACACCACUAGCUAACAGGACACCACUAGCUAACAAGACACCACAUACCAACAAGACACCACUAGCUAACAGGACACCACAUACCAACAGGACACUACUAGCUAAAGGGACACCACUAGCUAACAAGACACCACAUACCAAACAGGACACACUAGCUAAACAGGACACCACUAGCUAACAAGGCACCCACAUACAACAUGACACCAUAGCUAACAGGCACCACUAGCUAACAGGACACCACUAAGCAACAGGGCACCAACAUACCAAACAGGACACCACUAGCUAACAGGACAACACUAGCUAACAGGACACCACAUACCAACAGGACACCACUCGCUAACAGGACACCACUAGCUAACAGGACACCACAUACCAACAGGACACCACUAGCUAACAGGACACCACUAGCUAACAGGGCACCACAUACCAACAGGACACCACUAGCUAACAGGUCACCACUAGCUAACAGGAAACCACUAGCUAACAGGACACCACAUACCAACAGGACACCACUAGCUAACAGGACGCCACUAGCUAACAGGACACCACAUACCAACAGGACACCACUCGCUAACAGGACACCACUAGCUAACAGGACACCACUAGCUAACAGGACACCACUAGCUAACAGGACACCACUAGCUAACAGGACACCACAUACCAACAAGACACCACUCGCUAACAGGACACCACUAGCUAACAGGACACCACUAGCUAACAGGACACCACUAGCUAACAGGACACCACUAGCUAACAGGACACCACAUACCAACAGGACACCGCAUAUCAACAGGACACCACAUACCAACAGGACACCACAUGUUGGUAACAACACAUCUGCCACACUGAUCCUCAACACGGGGGCCCCUCAGGGGUGCGUGCUCAGUCCCCUCCUGUACUCCCUGUUCACUCAUGACUGCAUGGCCAGGCACGACUCCAACACCCAUCAUUAAGUUUGCCGACGACACAAACAGUGGUAGGCCUGAUCACCGACAACGAUUGAGACAGCCUAUAGGGAGGAGGUCAGAGACCUGGCCAUGUGGUGCCAGGAGAACAACCUCUCCCUCAACGUGACCAAGAGAAAGGAGAUGAUUGUGGACUACAGGAAAAAAAAGAGGACUGAGCACGCCCCCAUUCUCAUCGACGGGGCUGUAGUGGAACAGGUUGAGAGCUUCAAGUUCCUGGUGUCCACAUCACCAACGAACUAUCAUGGUCCAAACACACCAAAGACAGUCGUGAAGAGGGCACGACAAAGCCUAUUCCCCCUCAGGAGACUGAAAAGAUUUGGCAUGGGUCCUCAGAUCCUCAAAAAAUUAUACAGCUGCACCAUCGAGAGCAUCCUGACUGGUUGCAUCACCGCCUGGUAUGGCAACUGCUUGGCCUCCGACCGCAAGGCACUACAGAGGGUAGUGCGUACGGCCCAGUACAUCAACUGGGGCCAAGCUUCCUGCCAUCCAGGACCUCUAUACCAGGCGGUGUCAGAGGAAGGCCCUCAAAAUUGUCAAAGACUCCAGCCACCCUAGUCAUAGACUGUUCUCUCUGCUACCGCACGGCAAGCGGUACCGGAGUGCCAAGUCUAGGUCCAAAAGACUUCUCAACAGCUUCUACCCCCAAGCCAUAAGACUCCUGAACAGCUAAUCAUGGCUACCCUGACUAUUUGCACUGCCCCCCCACCCCAUCCUUUUACGCUGCUGCUACUCUGUUAAUUAUUUAUGCAUAGUCACUUUAACUCUGCCCACAUGUACAUAUUACUUCAACUACCUCAACUAGCCGGUGCCCCCGCACAUUGACUCUGCACCGGUACCCCCCUGUAUAUAUAGCCUCCCUACUGUUAUUUUAUUUUACUUCUGCUCUUUUUUUCUCAACACUUUUUUUGUUGUUGUUUUAUUUUUACUUUUUUGUUAAAAAUAAAUGCACUGUUGGUUAAGGGCUGUAAGUAAGCAUUUCACUGUAAUGUCUGCACCUGUUGUAUUCGGCGCAUGUGGCCAAUAAAAUUUGAUUUGAUUUGAUUGUUUUGAUAUCAACAUCUAUUAAAUGACAACAGAAAAGGCCAGAUGUUAAGACAGUUAAUGUAACAACAACAGAAUCCAGCCAGAUGUUAAGACAGCUAAAUGUCAGAGAGAUGUGGUACUGUAUGAGCUCUUAGCGACUUCCUACACACACACAUGCACGCACACACGCACACACACACACAAACAAACACACACACACACAAACAAACACCACACACACACACACACACACACACCACACACACACCACAGCACACACACACACACACACACACACACACACACACACACCCACACAACCACACAGAGUGAUCUGGUUUUAUAGGAGCUCUGAGCAACUUACUGUGGAGGAGGAAGGCUUGGAUUGUAGCAGAACAGUGUGUGUGUGUGUGUGUGUGGUGUGUGUGUGUGUGUGUGUGUGUGUGUGUGUCUGUGACACAACAUAGGAUGCUAACCGGGUCGCACAGUUCUCUAGUAUGUGGGGUUUCCAGGUUGAAAAUAGGCCUCUCCGUGGGAGGAGAGAAGAGGGGGAAGAGAGGAGGAGAGAAGAGGGGGAAGAGGAGGAGUGGGAAGAGGCCGAGAGGAGGAGAGGGAAGAGGAGGAGAGUAGGAGAGGGGAAAAAAGAGGAAGGAGGAGAGGAGGAGAGGAGGAGAGGAGAUGGGGAAGAGGAGGAGAGGAGGAGAGGAGGAGAGUAG